AUGCGCAAAUACCUGGAGCAAGGACACGCGGAGGUCGUUACUGAUUCGGAGCCAACGUCGUCAGAGCAUGUAUAUUGCAUGCCACACCAAGCGGUGAUUCAGCAAAGCUCCACAACCACCAAACUCGGGGUCGUUUUCGACGCUUCCGCUCACGCUCCAAACACAGCUCCAUUAAACGCAUACCUGGAAAAAGGGCCCAAGCUGAACACAGAACUGAUACCGCUAUUACUGCGCUUCCGCACCGAACGCAUCGCGCGUGUUGCUGACAUCGCCCAAGCAUUUUUGAAGGUAGUGGUUAGAGAGGCAGAUCGAGACGCACUGCGUUUCUUGUGGUACAAAGAAACACCGGCGGAGGAGGGUCCUUUACCAGCCCCUGAGGUUUGGAGAAUGACUAGAGUACCGUUCGGGACGACUUCGAGUCCGUUCCUCUUGGCAGCAACACUUAUACACCACCUGAACGGCCUAGAGGAACGGUUGAAAGCAACAGCUUCCAAGCUCGCCGCAUCCUUCUACGUGGAUGACCUGUUGACAGGGGCUUCCUGCGAGGAGGGUGCCCAACGGAUUUACAAAGAAGCCAACGCGAUGAUGAGAUCAGCGGGAAUGGACCCGAGGAAGUGGGCAUCAAAUUCUAAGCGUCUUAACCAGCUUUUUGAAGAACAAGACGAGGUUGGUCCCGGAGAUCACGACACAGGCUUACUGGGAUUACGAUGGGAUCGGCACACAGACAGUCUGAAGCUUGCACAAGACAACAGGAGUGCCGGUUCGGAAAGCACUACGAAACGAACGAUACUGCAAGUCUCUGCAUCGGUAUUCGACCCACUAGGUUUCGUGUCACCAUUCACGAUAUGUUCAAAGAUUCUCUUCCAACGGAUCUGGCAAGCCGGCGUUGGCUCGGACAAAGACCUACCCGUGGAGAUGGAGAGUGGACACGAUGGGUCGAGGGCCUACCGUACAUGCAACGCAUCAAGAUACCGCGUUUUGUGA